AUGCGUGCUUCCCGUUCGGCAGCCUCGUUGAUCUUAGGAGGCAACCACCCCCCAUUGGUCGGAACCAGCCAGUCGAAGGCAGCCUCGCUGAAUGGUCUCAAUAUUUUGACGAGACCAAGGUCCGCCGGCCGCCUAGUGACUCCUCGAAAGGAGCUCAGUGCUGGCCUCAAGCCCCAGACACUGCAGAAGUUAGAGUUCAGAUUCGCAAAAGGAGGCCACGGUCUCCAGUGGCAGAAUCUGAUUGUCACCAACGCCAAGGGCCAGGCGAAGGACCUUGGGGUGCAGAUCGGGUGGCGGAUCUACAUGAUCGAUGGUGUCAUCAUGAACACCGGAGCCGAGGUGUGGCAGAAGCUUCAGGAUGCGAUGUGGCAGUGGAGGACGGUGACCGUGGUCUUCUUCACCGACCACAGGGCCAUCCUCAUGGAGGAGAAGAUAAAAGAGGAAGAGGAGGAACGACGGGAGGUGGAGCGACUCGCAAAGCUGCCGUUCACCAGUACCUCCGAUGAGAAGCACUUGGAGCAACUCAAGCAGGAGUUCACUUUCCAGGGCUACAUCGACCGAUCCGAGGAUCGCGCCAUCACCUUGGAGCAGUUGCAGAGGGUAGUUGACUUUAGCAAGGUAGUCAACGAUGCCGCUGAGGACCAGUCAGCGGCAGGAUGGCUGAAUGCCAAAGGCCUCGGCAAAUACGUUGAGAAGGUUAUCGAGCUCACAGAUGCAGAAUCCCCGGAAGACUUCAAGCUGCUGGAUGCAGCCAUGGUAGAGCAGAUCAUCGAAUCCGUCGGGAUGAAGUUGGUGACUGCACAAAAGUUUCGCCAGGCACUGCACGAGCUGUCUAGCAUUGCAGUGGAGCCUCGAGAAAGCCCGGAGGCGGACCAGGAGGUGCUGAGCCCAGCCGAGGAAGUGCCGGUGCAAGAGGUCAUCGCCAUUUGCAUUGAUCGCUCUGGUUCGAUGGGAACGCCCUUCAAGGAGGUCACUCUCAACGUCGUGAAAGGUGAGUGUCGAGAUUCCGUGGCUGAGCGCACACGCAUGGAAGCUGUUAAGGCCAUGUUUUACGCUUUCCGCGAUAGGAUUGAAAGCAUGGGCCCUGGGCGCUGCCACCUCGGCCUUUUUCAGUUCGAUGACAAAGUUGAGCUCCUGUUGGAUGCAACACCCUGCUUGGACAAGUUCGAGUCCAUUGUCGACGACAUGAAGAAGCGUGGUCAGACGGCUAUAUAUUCAUCCAUCAUCGAAGCCACGCAGAUGUUGAAUCGGUACUUCGAAGCGGAUACGAGGAUUGACCUGCGUGUUCUUGUGCUAACAGAUGGGCAGAACAAUUCGGGCGCAUCUCCACAGGCUGCCCUUGAAGCCGUCAACUCCAUCGGUGCUGUGGUCGAUGCGAUCAUCGUGGGAAACAAUCCCGAUGGCGAUUUGCGGCGUAUCGUCUCUGCCGCAGAAGGCGAGUGCUACCAGGUGAGCAAUCUUGGCGAGGGCUUCGAACUUCUGGAGUCCGAAGCGGUCGUCUCUUUGAAGGCACGCCGUGGUGGUGCAGAAAAGCCGGAAUUCAAGCAGCGGGAGGCUGUGGACUUGAGGAACAUCUCGCAGGCGAGCAUCACGCAGGGAAGUGCCGUGCCCAGCGUUCAGGAUGUGGCCCGAGACCAACAUGCGAAAAGCAAGGUGGUGGCCAUGGAUUCGGCAGGCCUCGGUGCCAUUUCCCACGGUUCUUUGGGCUCGGGGGCUGCGAGACGAGCCAUGGCCGAGUUGAGGCAAGUCGCAGAAGCAGCCGCUGCUGGAAUCCAUAUUCUACCGACCGAAAGCCUCAACUUCUGGCGUGUCCUCAUCGAAGGGCCCUUUGGCUCGCCGUAUGAGGGAGGUGUCUUCGCCCUGGAUGUUGUCAUCCCAGAUGACUAUCCCUUCUCCGCGCCCAAGAUUCACUUCCGCACGCCCAUCUACCACUGCAAUGUGAAUACAAACGGCGCAAUAUGCCUAGAGAUCCUCAAGGAAUCCUGGAGUCCAUCGCUGUCGAUCCAAAAGUGCCUCUUGUCCAUCCGAGCUUUGAUGGUCGAUCCAAAUCCUGACGAUGCCCUGCGCCAGUGGAUCGCGGAGCUGACCUUGGCUCACGUUCGCUCAGGCGGCGCGGAUACUCGCUACUACGACAAUGCCCGUGAGAGCACUCGCGAGCAUGCCAGCUUGAGUGUCGAGGGCUGGUUGGCUAAGUGGGGCCUGGGAGCCUCAGACCAUCCAAGCGCAGCAUGCGCAGCGUAG